CCAAUUCGGGUCCGCCCCCCCGUCACCUCGGUGAGCUCCAUCCAAGCUUUCCCUCCUGCCCCACCGCGAGCUCUGCUUUUCAUCUGGCGCCAGAGCUCCCGUCAAUUCCCCAGCACAAAUACCCGACGCCCGCCUAGUUCAAUUCCACCAUUCGAUCACCUUUUCGAUCAAAUUUUUUUCUUUUCAAUUCUGUGCUCGCGAAUCGGACAACUGGCUUCUGCAGCAUGUUCGUAAGUCGCGCGCUCGCCAGGGCGCGGCCGGUCCUUCGACCACGCCAGCCCCCGACGACAAGAACCGCCUUUCGCAACUCGUCGACGAAGCCCUCUCCCUCCUCCUCGACCUCCCGCGCCGCCCAGCGCCUCCUCGACCGUCUCCCUCUCCGCUUCCAGAAAUACACCACGGGGCUCCGCAAGGCGCCCCUGUCGCACGUCGUCUCUUUCCUUGUCCUUCACGAAAUAACGGCCGUCGUGCCCCUGUUCGGGCUCUUCGGGCUCUUCCACUACACUAACUUUCUGCCCCUCGAGUACGUCUCGGGCCACUGGGCGGGCUACGUUCGUGACGGCGUCGGCAUGGCGGAGAGAUAUUUCAGCAGGAAGGGGUGGUUCGGAUUUGAGGCCGGGGACCGCGGGACCAUGACGAAGGAGAUGAACAAGAGCGGGGACUAUGAGACGGCAGACGCACCGCAGAACUCUGGGCACAGUACGCAGGAUCUUCUGGAGCGGUGGCAGCAGGACGGAAAGUACAAAGUCGUGGUGGAGGUGGCCAUGGCCUGGGCGAUCACGAAGGCGCUGCUGCCGGCGCGGAUACUUGUUAGUGUUUGGGGGACGCCGUGGUUUGCGGGAGUCAUAGGGAGGGCACGCGGGGUUUUCAGAUCGAAUCGAUAGUAGUCACAAUGGGAGUUCAAAAUUUGAGGGAACA